AUGUAUCACCUGGCCAAGGGCCUCUAUCGCCUCGCGACAAGCAAAGAGGAGUAUUCCGUCAUCCUCCUCGGCCUUGACAAUGCCGGCAAGACAACCUUCCAUGAGCAGGCCAAGUCGCUCUUCCUGCCAGACCGUCCAGACCCGAAGCUCAAUACCGUGCCCACCGUCGGCCAGAACGUCUCCACCCUGACCUUGCCCGACAUGUACCUCAAGAUCUGGGACGUCGGCGGGCAGCACUCUCUUCGCAAGCUCUGGCAGAGCUACUACUCGUCCUGCCACGCCAUUGUCUUCAUCAUCGACAGCACAGACAUUGGCGACGGGUUCCUCGACCUCGACGACACGGCGGCCGGCACGAGUGCAGGCAGUAGCAACAACAACACCAACGGCAGCGGCAGCAGUGGCACAACCGGCAAGAACAACCCGGCCGCGACGAGCUCAUCCACAACAACCGGCCGCCUCGAGGAGUGCCGGCUAGUACUCGAGGACGUCCUGCAGAACUCGGAAACCGAGGGCGUCCCGCUGCUCAUCCUCGCCAACAAGCAGGACCGCGAGGACUGCGUCGAGGUCGUGCGCAUCAAGGAGGGGCUUGUCAAGAAGGUCUUUGAGGGCGAGAAGGCCAGCAGCAUCCGCGAUUCGAGGGUCCUGCCCAUCAGUGCGCUUACCGGUACGGGUGUGCGCGAGGCUGUGGACUGGGUCAGAAGUCGGGUCAAGUGGAACAAAGAGUCGCGGCCACCAGUCAUGAGGUAG